GCAGGUUUGUUCUGUUUGGGAGCAGUGGGCUGCAUCACGAUUCGUCCGAAUUGUUUCGGGGAUUGAGAUGGGAUGUGAGAUGAGUGCUUGUAAAUCCGAUUCCCAUGAUGCGAUUUGCCUGGGGGUCGAUUUACCCCGAGUUUUCUCGUCUUCUGAUUUUACAAAGCAAGAAGGACAAGGGAUCUCUAUACGGAAGGGUUGAGCCGGUGCAUGUAAAAUGCAGACAAGGCUGGGUCACGACCUGGUUGUUCUCGGGGGUUCUAGCCUCUUUCCAGCCCGCCACGAAGAAGACAAAACUCCAUACUCGUACGGCUUUGGUGAUGUUAUUCGGUGUUAUAUCCGUUCACUAGGGACAUAAGGUUUGGUUUCAUUUGGGACGAAAUAAACCAAUUGAGCGUUCCCAGCUGUCACUUUUUUUCUUUUUUUUUCUUUUUUCUUUUUG